CAUUUUUUGCCCGUCCAACCUUCGUUGGUGUAUUUGUGAGUUGAGCAAACGCGUGCUGAGGCGGUGUUCAGCUGAAAAUGGAAUAAUUCGACACCCAUGCAUUGCGCUGCUGCGCUAAAGAAGAGUAGCUUAUAAAACUUAAUGCAACAAAAAAAGUUUUUUAAGUUCCAAUUGAAAAUCGGCGACGAAUGCCCGCACAAAGAAUCUGCCGUUAAGUGAGUGCGCCGGUAGAGAAAAGCAGAAAAUGCUGUUAAAGUUCUGUUCGUUGAAUUUGUUGCUGGUGCUGGUCUACGCCGUACUCAUGUCACCCGCGUCUGCAACUCACUUUUUUCCACGCUGUGAUGAGGAGAUGUGGGAAGAGGUGCCGUGUGAGCAGAUCGUCAGUCCAAGCAGCACAACCACAACAACUACUGCGAAACCAAUACAACCCACUUAUGCGCCCACCACACAGAAACCGUAUACAACGACGCGUCCACCAGUUAAGAAGACGACAACAAUACGAACACCAACUAUACAUACCACCUCGCCUGCACCACUAACCUCGACCACAACAUCUACGGUUUACAACAAUUGUUAUUGUGAAUGUAAAGUGGGCUGUAAGGAGUUUUGUCGCAAGGUAACUGGAAAAGAUGCAUCCCAAAAACAAAUAACACAAAUUACGAAGACAACACAUCGCGUACCAAAUGGUCAGCUCAAUUCGGAGCAUGUGCAUCAGCACAGAUUCGUGCCAGAUCCACAUGUCCCAUACACACCAUACGUACCGCCAACGAAGCCUACCAUUCCGCACCCAGUUUAUCCCAUAGAACCGCCCAAGAAGGUGGUAAAUCCGUAUGUACAUACAAAUUUGGCGUACAAAAUUCAACCACGGUUGCCACCAUUACCUGCACCGCCCACACAACUGCCGCCAGUACACAUCGUUUACCCUCAAAAGACACAAAAUAUUUAUGAGGAAGACAAGGACACUAAUAUUUAUCCGGAUGCUUUAUUAGAAUCCAGUUAUUCCGUUGAUGAGUUGACGCGACUUUUGCAAAUGGAAAGUCUCAAUAAAGACGCCGGCAAUAGCUACACACAGCCAGCCAUCUACGGACCUUCAUACACCGUACAUGGUAACAUACAACCCUCUGCACCAAUUUAUCACCCACCUCCAACGACUUAUGGCCACUCAACGCCCGCAACACCUGCGGAGUACCCGAAACAUGAAAAUAAUUCUUCGGCAUCUCCAUAUACAUCAGCCGUCUUAAGCUCUAGCUCACACCGCGAUCCGUCAUCGUUGGGGCCAUCUGCAAAUCCACCGUAUGCAAAUUAUGUCAAUAAAAUCGGUUUAAGUGAGCCACAACUCUAUGGUGCGGCAUCUCCGCCUUCUCAAGCCAACAGCGAUCAACAAAGCUCAGCUUCUUUGAGUUAUCACACCGCACAUAGCAAUCCUAGCGCAGAAUAUCUGAAUUCCAUUCCUUAUGGCUCAUAUUAUGCGCCACCAGCAGCGGGUGGUUAUGCUCCACAAUCGGAGCCUUAUGCGGCGCCUUAUUGAAUUUAGGCGACUAAAUUGUGGUUAAUGUAAUGUUUUACUCGUAAACUAUAUUCUUUGCAUAAUAAAUUAUUAAAAUAUUUUAAAUUAAUUAUUUGUUAUAUCUAAAUAAUAAAAUUUUAAUAAAACACAAAAUUAAACGUAA